AUGAACACCUUUUGUUUCGCGUGCCGAGAGAGUCUGACCGCAAUGGAGAACCUCUCAAAUGUCGCCGGUUUCAAUUUUCACAACGAAUGCAUCAACUGUAACAACUGCACACAGAAGCUUGGCGAGAGCUGCUAUGUCAAAGGAACAAAGUUAUAUUGUAAAGACGACUACGAAAGACAAAGAGAGAAAAAAAAACGCGUCAAAUCCUUAUGUGAUGCUUGUAAGGAAGUUAUUCCACCAGGCGAAUUUAUCAUGAAAACGGAAACAUCCGUUUUUCACUGGAGUUGCUUCAAAUGCACCGUUUGCUUGACAAAAAUCGACUCCGGCGAGCAGUACUCGAUCGACUAUCCAUCCGACAUCGUCUGUUUCAACUGUAUGCAAAAACGAAGCUUACCAUCCCCGGGCGAUAGUUCUGUUGACAUCAAGAAAGAGAACAUUUCAGUGAAUAAUGAUGCAAACGGAAGAAUGGUGAAGACCGAAUGCUCUGCUAGUGAGUCUUCUGGAUACCAGUCGAUUGUUAGCCCAAUGGGGUCUUGGUCGAAUAUGCUUGGAGGUGACAAUACAGCUAAGACGCCCGAGACCCAAGGAGAAAACAACACCAAUGACAGCUUGAGCGAUUCUUCAAGUGACGCUCGUCAAGAACGUAAAAGCUUCCAAGCAGCAAAAAGACCACGUACGAUCCUAAACCAAGCCCAGCGACGCCGAUUCAAGGAGGCAUUUGAAACAACACCCAAGCCUUGUCGCAAGCUGCGAGACAAGCUUGCCGAUGAGACUGGACUUAGUCAACGAGUUGUACAAGUCUGGUUUCAAAAUCAACGCGCAAAAGUAAAGAAAAUCGCAAAACGACAAAGCGAUCUUCGAAUGGCCCAGCAAGCGCACGCUCUGAACGGACAAAUUCCUAUCAAUCCUCCUCAGCCAAUGCUUCGGGGACAAGGUCGUCUUCAAGGAAUGUAUCCGUCCCACAAUUUUCCCAACCAAUGCUCUUAUCUUCCGCUCGCUUUCAAGAGUGAGCCCUUCCCAGAUCAUGUCUUUCAAAAUCACGCUGUCGAUCUUCAGCAGCCUCAUAAUCAAGAAAUGCAUUAUCAAGCGAUGGUCUACCCAAACUUUCCUCCUGAAAACCUCCAGUGUGAUCCAGCCGCACUCAACGGUCUCCAAAGCUUCCCCCAGCAACCUACCAUUCCCCAAAACGACUUUCCUCACUGA